AUGACGGAAAUUUGGAAGUAUUCCAUCGCUGUGGAUGAAAUUAUUGCCAGACGGACUGGGUGUUUCACAACGCUUCCCAUCCGAAUUCAUUGUCGAGAUGAUAUUGCCAACCAAGCAACACUCAAGUCGGUGAAGGACUGGGGCCAGAGUAUGAAAGACGGCUGGGACAAGAAGUCUGGCUCGGCACUUUGCUCAGUGGGCAACUGGUGCUCAUUCAUUUUCCCUGAAUCGCUCCCAGAGCGAUUGGAUGUGAUUACAUACCUCACCAAUUUGGGAAAUAUCCAUGAUGACGCCUGUGAGGAGAUGAGUUCAGAAAAGGCUGUGGAAGCCCAUAGUGAACUCAGCCAGGCUUUGGAUAUCCACAGCAAGGUGAACGUCAACAGUGGCUCCAAGACCUCUAAAUUGAAAGCCAUGGUUUCACAGUGUCUUCUCGAUUGCAUCAAUCAUGACCGCAAUCUAGGGAUGAAAAUGCUGGAGUCAUACCGAACCAAAUGGCUUGACGUGAUGGAGCACCCUGAUAUUCAUCAGGUGCAAACAAUUGAGGAGUAUCUUAUCUUCAGAAACCUGAAUGGAGGCAUGGAGCCCUUCUGGCUCAUGUGUCAAUUCGGCAUGGCAAUCGACUUGACAGACAAGGAAUUGCAAAGCGUUCGACAUAUCUUCGUUCCAGCUGAGAGCGCACUUGUGAUGACGAAUGAUUACUGGAGUUGGGAUCGAGAAUAUUUCAUGUCGAAGAGAGCCAAUGCCGCCAAGAUGGUCAACUCGAUUGACCUAUUUAUACGAACCCAGGGAUUGACCGUUGAAGAGGCAAGAGAGAAAGUUAGAAACAGCAUCAUAAUUCACGAAAAGGAGUACUUGGCCCUGAAGGCUGAUUUCUAUGAGAGCCAUCCUCAGGUAUCUCUAGCUUUGAAACGCUACAUUGAAGUUUGUGGAGUGAUCGUAGCUGGAAAUCAUUACUGGUGCGCCAAUUGCCCCCGACAUAACGAUUGGCAAAAGAACUUCGACGAAGGUUAUGCUCAAACACAUAUCAUUAACGAGAUGUCCAUCACGACAAACCCUAAGAAGAGGAAAACUCCCGAUGCCGAUUCGAAUUCGAGCGGCUCUAAUUUCGAUUCAGGGUUCUCCUCUGAGCGAUCUCUGGGGAUGAAAACACCCAGAACCUCCAUUUCAGAAUCGAGUUUAUCCCAUCUGGACGAAGCAAUCUGGAGGAAGCCAGCCGACACUGCCAUAAUGGAACCUAUCAAUUACAUCAACUCCCUGCCGUCCAAAGGGGUCCGAACCAUGCUCAUAGAAGCAAUUGACCAGUGGUUAGGGGUUCCUCCUCAGUCCCUCAAAAUCAUCAAAGAAAUUGUUGACCAGCUACAUAAUGCAUCGCUGAUUCUUGACGACAUCGAGGACGACUCCCCUCUAAGGAGGAUGAACCCUGCAGCUCACACAGUGUUCGGUCAAUCACAAUCCAUCAACAGUGCAAACUUUAUGUUUGUCUGUGCUGUGAAGAAGAGUCGACAGCUCGAGAAUUCAACUGCAGUUGACAUUGUUCUUGAGGAACUGGAGUGUUUGUACCUGGGGCAAAGUUGGGACCUCUUCUACAAGGAAAAUCUUCGCUGCCCAAGUGAGAGUGAAUACCUCACUAUGGUAGACAACAAGACCGGGGUGAUGUUUCGCAUGCUGACACGCCUCAUGCAAGGUGAGAAUACAAAAGAAUAUAUCGACUUCAGUCACUUGACAUUGCUCUUCGGCCGAUAUUUCCAGAUCCGAGACGAUUACAUGAACAUUUCCUCCUCGGAAUACUCUGAACAGAAAGGCUUCUGUGAAGAUCUCGAUGAAGGGAAGUUUUCCUACCCGCUGGUACACUGUCUCCAAGACAACCCUGUGCUUCGAGUACGCAUCUUGGGCAUUUUUCGAGAAAAGGCUGCCUCGAGCAAUCAGGGAGUAGCAUCGCUUCCAAUUCAGACAAAAUUGUACAUUUUGAAAGAGAUGAAGGCCUCUGGAGCGAUGGACAAAACUCUUAGUUCUCUCAAGAAAUUGGAAGAAGAACUGGUAGCUGAGUUUGGACGUCUAGAAGCGAGCAUUGGAAUGGAGAACCCCAUGCUGCGUUUGUUGUUGAGCGUUCUGGCCGUACCUUAG